AUGAGAAAUGUAACUGAUUAUCUUGUGAAGUCCACGAUUCCACAGUACAAGAUGGAGGCCGAGAAAAAUACUUAUACGUUAUCCGGUAGUCUCAAAAGAUACUUUGCUUCCGGUCAAUUCGCGGAUCUUACUAUUCGGGCGGACGGUGAGGUACUCAAAGUCCAUAAAGUAGUUGUCUGCGGCCAGUCCGAAUACUUUUCUCGCAUGUUCAGCGGCGAAUGGGAAGAAACAGUUAAUAAUGAAGUUGAGCUUAAGGAGGUGGAGCCUGAUGCUGUCGCAACUAUCAUCCGUUUUCUAUAUGGAUUUGAUUAUGAUAGCAGCGGCAGCAGUGGCGCUCGUAUCUCUCCCAUGUUAUUCGAUGCGCAGAUAUAUGGGCUUGCCGAAAAAUAUGGCAUUCCAAGCCUGAAGGAGCGCGUCAAGGAAAAAUUUGCCAACUCAGUUCGCGCCUGCUGGGAUAUGGACGACUUUCCUCUAGUGAUUGAAGAGGUCUAUACCACAACCGCUUCCGCAGACCGAGGUCUUCGCGAUUUGAUAACUGGAACCUGUCAUGAGCACUUCUCCGAACUCUUGCAGAAGGAGGGAUUUAUACGGGCACUAGAGAGCUGUAUAUACUUUGCAGCAGACCUCGCGAAGCAAGGGUCACAACCUCUGCCGAAGUACCGAUGUCCCAACUGCAGUAAGGAGUGGGAAUACUUGCCCCCCGCUUUACGGCACAUUCCAAGGAACCAGGCUAUAAAUGGAAAUUACUAUCUGAUUAUUACUUUCAAAUUACUCGAUUAG